CACAUAUGGCAGUUAGCCCCCCUCUGUUCCCUUAUAUAAGCUGGGGUCAGUCCAGAACCUGUGAGGAGUAGGUAUGUCCACACGGCGGAAUGUCCAUGCGAAAUUCCAUAGAAAAAACAAGUGGCACUGAUACCUCUCAAAUGUAGACCCUCAGCAGGACAAAAUAGCAACUGAACAGGUGGCCAGUAGCACAGCUCCCUCUCCCUCCUUAUAAGAGGGGGGUGAGUGACCAUCCUGGCUCUGUCAUUCCUCCCAUCUCAUUCAUUGCAUCCCAAGAAGCCCUUUCUCGCACACACCAUGCCCCCCAAGAAGCCAGACCCCAAGAAGGAGGCCCCCAAGGCUGCUGCACCCGCACCUCCUCCACCAGAGCCCCCAAAGGAGAUUCCAUUUGACCCCAAAAGUAUCACAAUUGAGUACACUGCAGAUCAGAUUGAAGAAUUCAAAGAAGCCUUCCAGCUGUUUGACCGUACCCCAACUGGGGAGCUGAAGAUCACAUAUGGGCAGUGUGGAGAUGUCUUGAGAGCUUUGGGACAGAAUCCCACCAAUGCAGAAGUACUGAAGGUGCUAGGAAGACCAAAACCAGAAGAAUUAAACACCAAACUCAUUGACUUCGAAACCUUCCUUCCAAUGCUUCAGCACAUCUCUAAAAAUAAGGACCAGGGUUCCUAUGAAGACUUUGUAGAAGGACUACGCGUUUUUGACAAAGAGAGCAAUGGCACUGUGAUGGGAGCUGAAUUACGCCAUGUCUUGGCCACUUUAGGUGAGAAGUUGCAAGAAAGUGAAGUGGAACAGCUGCUUUCAGGACAGGAAGAUACCAAUGGAUGCAUUAACUACGAAGCUUUUAUCAAGCACAUUAUGUCUGGCUGAAGUUAAUGCGGUCUCUAUGAACUCUCGACUCCCCCCCCCCUCCCCCAACUGCUUUAUUCAAAUUGUCUAUGAAGAACCUGAAAACUCAUCAUGGGCCAAAAGCCGCUUCGAAUGUCCUCGAGUCCUCAUAGAGGUUACUGCCCACUUCGGAAAUACCAAGUGCGGUUGUAAAUUAUUUGGGAUUUUUUUCCCCUAGUGAU